ACUUUGGUUCCGCUGCGAAAAAAAAAAUGGCCUCGACCGCUCACACGGCAACAAAAGCCAAAUGAUCUGCUCCCGUACUGGACUUGGUAGCGAGAACCGUGAACCCUUUUCGCGAGGCGCCCUGCUGGGGGAGAGCCUGGAGUUUGUUACGGCACUUGGAGGAGUGACGAGGCCGACGGAUAAUGCCACAGUGCCUGUGGCCAGAGCCGCUGUCACCCGCACAACUGAAGCGGCUGGAGGAGCAUAAAUACAGCGCCUCCGGUCGCUCCCUGUUCGAGCCUCCGUGCCAGGUCUACUGGAACUGGCUGGUCCUGCAGGUACCGACAUGGGUCGCACCGAACACGCUGACCAUUGUUGGACUCCUGGUGAACGUCCUGUCCACGGUGGUGCUGGCGUGGUACUGCCCCACGGCAACGGAGGAGGCUCCGGCAUGGACCUUCCUCCUGUCUGCGCUGGGCCUCUUCAUUUAUCAGUCUCUGGAUGCUAUUGAUGGGAAACAGGCCAGGAGGACAAACAGCAGCUCACCGCUAGGCGAACUGUUCGACCACGGCUGUGAUGCCGUCUCCACAGUCUUUGUCGCUGUGGGAACCUGCAUUUCAUGCGGAAUAGGAAGAUACUCCAACUGGAUGUUCUUCUGUGGUUUCAUUGGGAUGUUUAUGUUCUUCUGUGCCCACUGGCAGACCUAUGUAUCCGGGACGCUCCGCUUUGGGCUGGUCGACGUCACAGAGGUGCAAAUUGCCAUCAUGAUCAUGUACCUGAUGUCCGCUUUCGGAGGCGUGAGCCUUUGGGAAGCCGUGUUGCCUGGGAUAGGAGUGCCGCUGUUUGUUUUCCCCAUCAUGGGCAUCAUCGGCGGCGCCCUGUACUCCUGCUACAACUACUUCUAUGUGAUUCUGAAUGGAGGCGUUGGAAAGAAUGGCUCCACUGUGGCUGAUACCAGCGUCUUGACACCUGGUCUACACAUCGGUCUAGUCCUCACCUUGGCCUUCAUCAUUUUUAAGAAGUCGUCCAGCCAUCUGUUUGAGCACCAUCCCUGUCUGUACCUGCUAACCUUCGGCAUGGUCAUCGCCAAGAUCUCCAACAAGCUGGUGAUAGCACAUAUGACCAGAAGUGAGUUACAUCUUCCAGACACGGCCUUCCUUGGGCCUGGGCUCCUCUUCCUCAACCAGUACUUCAACAGCUUCAUUGAUGAAUACAUAGUCCUCUGGAUCGCCAUGGUCCUUUCUCUUCUGGAUCUGACACGGUACUGCACAGGCAUGUGCCUCCAGAUCGCCUCCCACCUUCGCAUCCGGGUCUUCAGCAUCACGCCGCAGGCCAGCACCCACCAGGACUGACGGCUUGCCCGGCGGGAGGAGGCGGGAGGAGACGCAGAUCUCUCCCCGCUUCUGAAAGCAGACGACCAACACAACGAGGAAAGACCUUCGACCCCGAGCCACUGCAGCCUUGACAAAGUAACCACCUCUGAUUAAAAACUGCCUCACUCAUAAAAAAAGGAACAAAUAAACCAACCCGACACCGCAAACCAAAAAAGAUAAAAAGAAAACGGCUUGAAAAGCUGUUCAGUGGAGAAUUAAGUGAGAAGUUGUUUAAAAUUCUUACUGCUGAAACCAAUAUGAUUUAGUUUAAAAAUUGGUGCACGCCGUAGAGGAAAAUGUCGAUUGUUAUCGCAACCAAAACACCAAAUGUUUUUAUAACAAAGUAUUCUUAUUUGUUUUUAAUUUAAAAGAAUGACUGAGUUUAUCAUAUUUUUUUUAAUUCUCCACAUAAUUAACAGUAAAACCAAACAUCUCUUUUAAAUAUUCCCAAACUAAAUAGAUUGGCCAAUGCAUCUUUUGACUUUUUUUUAUUUAUUCAGUGUUUCAAUGUGACACAAAUCAGGGCUUUAAAACUGUAAUAUUUGAAAUCUCAGUAAUUCAAAUGAAAUCUCUAAUGUGAAGUGGCAGGUUGUCAAUGAGCUCUGUGAAGGGGUAGGGGUCACGUGUUGAUGCUGAAAACGACGACAGGUCCCUCUUUGAAGUUAUUCCACAAACAUUACUCUCAUUUAAAGGGAAUUUACUUUUCAUAACGUUAAGUCAUUAAUAAAACAUCCACACCCUGGUAUUCGGAGUGCUGUCGACUUAUGAAGCAUUAACACUCGACUCGUUCUGCUUUCUCAUUUCUUCUCCCUAAAGGGCUAAUACGUAAUUAUGUAUGAUUGUACAGAAGUUAACUGAAUACGCCUUAAAUAUUUUUGUUUGUAAUUACUGUUUUACUUGUAUUUAAAGCAAAUUUGUAUGUGUUUUUUUUUUUUUUUUUUUUAGUUUUUUUCCACUAAAGUUUAUCAAAUACAGCAAUAGUUGCAAUACAACAACUCCACUGGAAUAUUGCUUUUGGUUUUAUUUUUCAUUGUUCGCCUACCUGAGUGAAUUUCAUUGUGUGAUUUAUUUGGUAAAGUGAUUAUUAGUAAUUGUAUAUUGAUUGAUUAUCAAUUAAUAAUUGUGUAUUGAUCAAUUAUCAUGGCAAUGUUGUGCUUUGACACAUAUUUUAGCUACGUUGGGAUCUGAAGGGAUUUUUUCAAGAGGCAGUAAAAUGUCCUUGAUUUUGUUAUGAAACAUUUUCAUCUCACAUUCUGCUUUCGCACCAUUAAUGACCCUACAAAAGGAGCGCGGUAUUAAGACACUAUUUUGCAUAAUUUCCAGAUGAAUGUUUGAACUAUGCAUUGACAUGUAAUUUGAUUCCAAUCACCUCAUUGUACUGUUCGGUGACACAGUUAAACAUUUCUAAUAACAGAUGUGAAUGAAAAGAUUGUAAUAAAGAUCAUAUUUUUCAUCGUU